AUGUCUCAACCAUUGACUAGUAUGCUGGUGGAGAGUCAAGCAUUGUACUUGGAUCCAGCAAUUCGAGAUUGGGUAUUAAUACCAAUUAUGGUGGUUAUGGUAUUAGUGGGGAUCUUUAGAGAUCAAGUAACGGUAUUAAUAGGAAGUACAAGUGGUAAAAAGGCUGGGAUUAAAGCUAUAAAAGAAACAAAGGCGUUAACCCGAGGAGUCACUUUAAGGAAUUAUGGAAACAAUAUACCAAGUUCAUCAUUUCUCAUAAGAAAGAAUUAUCUUUGUUCAUCAUAUAAAAAGGGAGAUUUUUUAAAAAAUCCCGCAUCGGCUAAUCAAGUAGUUAAUCCAAUGACAGAUCCCGCUGGUAUGGAAAUGAUGAUGGAAGGAAUGAAAAAAAAUUUCGCCAUGAUAAUACCUCAAACCGUUAUUAUGGGAUGGAUUAAUUUCUUUUUCUCUGGUUUUGUUUUAAGUGUCGAAACUCCUGAUAUGGAUGUUACUUGGGUAUCAUCAUUAUCAUGGUAUUUUUUAAAUUUAUUUGGGUUAAGAAGCAUUUUCACAUUAUUAUUAGGUGAAGAUAAUGCUGCUGAUGGUAUGCGUGAUAUGGCUGCCAUGUCUCAAAUGGGCGCUGCUUCUCCUGGUCAACCACAAGAUUUUAAUAAGCUCUUUUUGGCUGAAAGUGAAAACCUUGAACUAACCCCUCAUAAUUGGGAAUUAGAUGAUAUUGAAGUGAGGUUAUUAGUUAAAUAUGGUAAAAGGGAAUUAGUUGAUAAUAAGGAUAUUAUUGAAAUGGAAGAUAUUUCUUCUAAUGAUUUAUCGGAUGUUAAAGGAAAAAGUAAAAAGAAAAGGACGUGA